AUGCCUCUUAAGGAUGACGUUUCCUCUGACCUCUCAACUGUCAAAGCUGAAGUGAAGGAACUUCUAUCUGCAGUUCAAGCCGAUAUACUGAAUCUUCUCCAACGUCCAGUGCCAACUCCUACACCCUCCUACACAGCUAUGGAUCGCCUAUUGCUGGAUCAGGCUCUCGAAUUCGGUCUUCUUCAAGCUCGAUCUCUGACCAUGUUUGAACAACGAAUGGACAUUAUAUACUUAAGUCUUGAUAAUCUCUUCUCUUGUCAUGUUGAUGACAAAAAGGGGGAGAAAGACUUGGCUGAUGCAGUCCCUACAACACCAGACGAUGCUGAUGUUGAUGCUCAAAGAGCUGAAGCAAAUGAAGAUGAAGUUGUUGAUGAUGCCGUAAGAGCUGAUGCUCAAGCUCAUGACGAAGACCUUCCUAUCACCCCUGCAGCUGACGUUGGUGAUGAGGAAGAUGAUGAUGAUGAAGAUGACGAUGACUCUCCAUCCCCUUCUGAUGCUAGAAAAGAUCUUGAUGGUGAUGAUGAUGAAGACAAUGAUGACGACGACUUCACCAUUUAA